UCGCCGUCAUGGUGUUGUUGGAAUGUGGAUUUCAUCAUAUUUGGGCUAUGUUGUUUUUGCCGUUUAUGCUGUUAGAUGUUUGUUGCAUAGUUGGAGCUUUCUAUUCCAUUCUUGGGUGUGUGUCUUGUGGACAUUUCGGUCUCAGGAAUUUCAG